AUGGCUUCUGAGAAGGUUGAGCUUCCUGUCGCUGAAAGGCCCGUUGAGGAGCCGACUCCAAGUCCCUCCACGGAAGAGCACGAACAGCCCCAGAAAAAGUCUUCUCCCCUCGAGAAAAUUACCUCUUUGUUCGAUAACUGGUACUACGCCUGGGAGAUUCUGGGUAUCUUCCUGUCAGGAGCUGCCAUCAUUGCAAUCUGCAUAGUGGUUUACCACUUUGACGGCAAUGAAGUCCCAAAUUGGACAGCAUAUGCGCCUGGCAGAGCAAAGCCCUUCCGGCUGACCAUCAACUCGCUGCUUUCCAUCCUCUCAGUUCUGGGCUCCACAUGCGCCAUGAUUCCUGUCACCAAGGGUCUUGGGCAGUUGAAGUACCUCUGGUUCAUGGAGCAAGGGCGCAAACUGGCCGACUUGGAGGUGUUCGAUUCAGCCUCUCGGGGAAAGGUUGGCAGCGCCCAACUCAUCUGGAAACUUAGGUUCAAGCACUUGGCAGUCCUGGGAGGGUUGGCUUCAUUGUUGGCUUUAGCCUACGGGCCUUUCGUCCAGAACCUUUUGGUCGUUGAGAUCCAAUAUCACCGAGCAGACAACAAUGCCCUUCUCUCCUAUACGUUCAGUUACUUUUACGAACCUAUCAACGUCACAGGGACCGACAGCGCGCUCAGAUUUUCCGUUGAACAGGCCUUGAAGGAUACGUCCGCAGAGUGGGCAACUCCUGCGAACAAGUGCAAGACGGGGGAGUGCGUCUGGGAAGACUACUACACACUUGCGGCCUGCAGUCGCUGCACCGACAUCAGUCACCUGUUGAAGCGAACCUGCACGCCAGUGGUCACCAGCAGCGAUGGCUUCAGUGAUACCGGUGGAUGCAAUUUGGCCUUGCCCAACGGCCUUUCCUUCAACAGCACCGACUUGGCCGGGCAGCAUUCCAAUCCACACAGGACUACUAUGGUGAUGAACACCACGAUGCAUCCCCUGGUUCAUAAUUACACGGCGCCGCUAGCCUUCGUCCAGUCCAUCAUUGGGUACCCUCACGGUGACUCUGUCUCAAACACAUCGAAGCCGUUCAUCAUCACGCAGGAUUCUCCAGUCUCUGCUCAUGAAUGCGCCAUCAUUCCCUGUGUUCAGAGGCAAAGUCUCACACUCACCCGCUUCACGGAGGGAACCGAAGUCAACCCGAACCUCCCCGCUACUGAUGACAUCAUUCCUCUGAUGGAUAUCAUUGAGACGUUUGACAACUACACGGCACGCGAAGACGGCUACGUUACUGUCGACUUCAAAGACCCGAGUGAGAACAAGCACAUCAGUGAACAGCAGAAAGACAAGUAUUCGCAACCUACUAUCUUGCCGAGUACAUAUGCCGGUAUGAGAAACUACUUCGACACGAUCCUCAACGGAUAUGUGUGGAGCUCGCCAGAUGCUACAGCAUACAGCAUCUCCUCCCUCGGUUCAGCGGUUCCCUCUAUCCACGAGCACACACUGAACCAUACCUGGUCGCCAUUCUACUGUGAGGGAAAUGAGACGUCGCAAGAGGGCGUGCCGUGCGGUAUGAACAAGAUCGCCGCAGGGCUAACGAACGCUUUCCGACUCUGGGCAUGGCAGAUAGAGGAUGAAGGCAGCCGUUCGGUUCUCAACGGAACCACAAAACAAGCCGAACAAAUAUGCACGGCCCAGUGGCAAUACGUCUCCGCGCCCGUGGCCGUCUGGGUCCUUGGACUGGCGCUUUUUAUCGGCGUCGUGAUCAAGACUCGACGUGCAAAUAUCAUGGCGUGGCGAACCAGUCCCCUGGCCACGCUGCUGUUGAGGCUCGAUCCGGAUAGUCGGGAGCACCUGAAGGACUGGCAGCAUAUGGGAGACGCGGAGCUCAAGGCAAUGGCGCAGGAACUAAGACUGCGGCUUCAGAUCGAUGAGAGCGGACCACGAUUUGUUAGGGAGACUACGUAG